AUGAAAUUUUCACAUACAAUUUCCUUAUUCUCGCUAAUAUUUAUUAAUAUUUUUAUUAUCAAAGUCGAUGCUUUAUGGCCUAUUCCAAAAAAAUGGUCGAAAGGAAUAUCAACCUUAAAAAUUCAUCCUAGUAUAAAAAUCAACUUCAACAAUCGUUUUUCGGACCCAUUCAUCCAACAGACGAUCCACGCGGCAACUCAACGCCUUCAAGAUUUUCUGACAAACGAGAAAUUUUCACCGCCAAAUAAAAAUAAUCUUCCGCCAAUCGAUUUAACUUUCAAGAUACUAGAAUCACUGAAUAUCGAAUUGCAUACGGAAAAUGUUGAGUUGUCUUUAGAUACUGACGAGUCGUAUGACAUAUGGAUUCCCAAUGCCUCGCCAUUAUUGAUGACUUUGAAAGCACACUUACGAGCGAAAUCUGUGUAUGGUGUAUUGCAUGGACUGACUACAUUCUCGCAAUUGAUUUAUGCAGAUAGUGGAAAUGAUGAAAUGUUGAUUAUGCCAUUCGCGCCGCAUCGCAUCUUUGAUUCCCCGAAAUACCGACAUCGCGGUCUAAUGUUGGAUACCUCGAGGAAUUAUUAUCCGGUUGAGGAUAUUUUGCGCACGUUGGAUGCAAUGAGUUGGACCAAGUUAAAUGUAUUUCAUUGGCAUAUAGUGGAUCAACACAGUUGGCCGGUAGCCAGUGAAGUUUUCCCAGAGUUGAGUGAGAAAGGUUCAUAUGAUCCAAAGAACAUGAUUUAUACUAAGCGGGAUAUCGAAACUAUUGUUCAUUAUGCAAAACAGAGAGGAAUUCGAAUAAUUCCUGAAUUCGAUAUGCCUGGUCAUACUGCUGCAAUCGCUUUAAGUCAUCCUGAAAUCCCAAUUGGAACAAUGCAAUAUGCUUACGAGCCACCAAGCGGUCAAUUCGACCCAACCGCCAACGCAACCUAUGCAUUCAUUGAUAAACUAAUCACCGAAAUGGCGUCCUGGUUUCCGGACAAAUACUUUCACGGAGGUGGUGAUGAAGUAAAUCUACGAUGCUGGUACGACGCGCAUAAAGUCCAAGAAUAUAUAUCACUUACUCCGAAUACCACCAAUAAGACCAAUAUCGAUGAUGAUGAUUCCGAGAUAAUAAGCGAAACGAUGGAACCUCUUGUUCACAAAUUUGUCACUAAACAACACGAAAUUAUUAGAAAUCAAGGAAAAAUUCCAAUGGCAUGGCAAGAGCUAAUUGUUAAUCAGCGCUUGAAUCUCGGCAAAGAUACAAUUGUUCAAGUUUGGAAUGGGGAUGAUAAUGUAAAGCGUGUUGUUCGUGCUGGGUAUAAGGUUGUUUCGGGGCCGGCUGGGUUUUGGUAUCUUGAUUGUGGUCAUGGAAAUUGGUUGGGUAAUUAUGUCGAAGGAAAUAGUUGGUGUGGCCAUUUCAAAACUUGGCAAUGGAUGUAUUCUUAUAAUCCUCGGAAUGGGCUCAGUGACAAGGAAGCAGAAUUAGUUAUCGGAGGAGAGGUAUUACUCUGGAGUGAACAAGCAGAUGCUACAAAUUUUGAAACAACAUUAUGGCCACGCACUGCAGUUACCGCCGAAAUUCUCUGGUCUGGGAACUAUGAUAGUACUGGUAUGACGCGAAAUGUCAGGGAAGCAUUGCCGAGGUUGACUGAGUUUAGGUUUAGAUUGGUUGGGAGAGGUAUUCGUGCAGAACCGCUGCAGCCGUUAUGGUGUGCACGAACUGGAACUUGUGAUCGUCCAUAA